AAGGGUAGAACCUCAAAACUCAAGAAUAAUAUUAGCAGAAACGGGCAAGGCUCGCAUGUUACAUUGUCGCUUCUUCAACUUCAUGCAUACGCUUUAAUUAGAUUGAUUAUUUUCUUACACUUUCCGUUUUUCCAGAUCAAAAUUUAAUCAAGUUUUGUUAAACAGUAAAUUUUAAUUCAGUUGUUUUUAUUUAUAAUAUUCUUACAGAUAUAUUAAGCUUAUUGGUAGAGAGGAAUGCUUGUGGAUUCCACUUUUUUCCUUCCUCUUCUUCUACUUCUUGCUCUCUGUUUGCUAUUGAAGAUGGAGAGCUACAAGUGCAAGUUUUGCUCUAAGAGCUUCAUCAACGAAAGAGCUUUAUGUGGUCACAUGAGAUCUCACAUGCCUACUCUUCACAACUUUUGCAUUGAUGAAGAGGCAAGGCCGAGUCAACUCAGUGAUGAGACUGAGUCGGAUGUUUCUUCUUCUUCCUCUGAAGAAGUAGAGGGAAAGAGAAAUGGGUUGAGAGAGGAGCAUGACGAUCAGAACUUUGCUUUUAUCUGCUCCGAUGAAAGCGAGACCAAGCUGUCGAGGAAUAUUAUUAACCCGACACGGAAACGAUCCAAGCGAACUCGGAAGCUAGACUCGUUCGCUACAAAGAAGAUGAAAACGAGUCAACUCGGUUACAAGACCGAGCCUGAGCCUCCUCACAGCUCAGAUUCUGAUACAACGACGGAGGAAGAUCUCGCCUUUUGUCUCAUGAUGCUCUCAAGAGACAAAUGGAAGAAGAAGAAGAACAACAAAACUAGUAGUCAUAAAGAAGUAGUUGAAGAGAUGGACAACAACUCUAGCAAGAUGAAUCGAGCAACGACGACGAUGAAAGGAAGAUUCACGUGCGAGACAUGUGGGAAAGUUUUUAAAUCUUAUCAAGCAUUAGGUGGGCACAGAGCAAGCCACAAGAAGAACAGAGUUUCAAACAAAACAGAGCAACGAAGCGAAACAGAGUACGACAAUCUAGUUGUUGUUGCAGAGAAGAGAGUCCAUGAAUGUCCGAUAUGUCUUAGAGUUUUCUUGUCGGGACAAGCACUUGGUGGUCAUAAGAGAUCACACGGACUAGGGAACUUGUCUGUAAACCACCAUCAUCAAGUACAUGGAACAGAGUCAGUGAAACAGAGGAUGAUAGAUCUUAAUCUUCCUGCACCAAGAGAGGAAGACGAAGUCUCUGUGGUGUUUCAAUGAAUGCUGAUAAAAGGAGGCUACUUUCACAUGACGUCAGUUCCUGUUUCGUAUUGGCCUCACGUCGUGUUCGCCUGACCAUAUCAAUCGAAGAACAUUCAAAUAAGCUUCUACUUAGUAGUUUAUAGACUUUUUUAAUGUACACGUAUGAUAAAAUUAUAACUUCUUGCUUCUUCUCUGUUAAUGAAAGCUUCUAAUAGUUCCCA